AGUAUAAUUCGAAAUUUCUGCUCAAGCAGAUGUCGGAUGUGACAAGCGAUAAUAAUUUUUUUUUCACUGGCGAUCACUCGAAAUGGCUAGUUGGCUCAAAAGAUAAAUCGUGUGUGGAAUUGUUUUAUUCAUGUUGAUUGAAAAAGAAGAAAAAUUUUAAAUUAAAUAACGAAAAAAAUCAAAGGAAGCAAAGUGAAAAAAUUUGAUCGAAAUUUUCUGAAAUAAUUUAUUUAAGGAUUUCGAGAAGGAAUUUAAAUUUUCCUGGUGUAGAAAGAAAGAAAAAGGAUACAGAAAAUUGAAUUUUAAAGUGUGUUCUCUUAUGUUGGUGCCAUAAAACUCUCAAUAAUAGAGCAAUAAAUUUUUUGUAAGGAAUAUAAUUUUGAUUUAUCAUUAAAAAGUGCUAAUACCUGGAUUUAUAGCUCUUUUUUCAUACAUUCUGUGGAUUAAAAAAGUAGCAAGUGAAACAAGCACACUUUUGAGGAUUCAGACAUAGAGGAUUAAGUCAAUUUUUUUUGGAUUUUUUUUUUAUUUUCGUCUAUCACAUCUAGUUCCGGAAAGAGCAGAAAAAUAUUUUCAAAUAUGCUUCAACGGAGUAACAUGGUUGUGCUCCUGUUGGCACUUAUAAUUUAUGCAAAUCCUGCAUUAUCACAAUUAGAAAAUAACGAAUUUGGCGAGGUAAAGCCCACUCCAGUGUUGAAACAGAAUCAUCAAGUACCAAAAAAUGUAACCACAAAGCCGGAGGAAGUUUUACACCAGAAUGGCAGGAAGUUUACAAAAUUUACUCAGCAUCAUGUCAAUGAAGGAGGAGGAGGUGGUGAGAAUGGAAGUGAUGCAGAUGAGGCGCGUUACAAUCUCGCAACACGAGUCAUGUCGAAUGGAGUAGAGUUAAUAGUCGCCGACGGGAAGAGUACAUUUCCAGGUGAACCGAAUUUUUUUCGGGUUCUUACAAACACCAAAAACUACAAUCGUCCAUUGACCUUGGCACCGAGUACACUAAAUAAUGUUAUGAUGCUGAUGACAUUGGGUGGAAAAAAUCCGAAGAUCGACAACAUUCCUGAGAAUGCAAUACUCAAUCGAUUCGUUACAAAGACAUGCCUCACAACUUAUACAUACCUCACAACAUACGAAAUGAAUGGAUCAACGAUGAUCGAGAGUCGCGAGAAGGUUAUUUCGAAUAUUGCAACAGAAGAGCGGAACACCCACAAUAUGACACCGCUUAUAGCAUCCGAUAUGACUUUCUUUAAGACACCAAACCUUAGAGUAGGCGAAUUUAGUACAACUUACACAUAUUAUAAUACAAUAAUGGAUGAGGAUGUUCCAAUUGUUGCAACAUCGAAACAUGUUGUCGUUAAUACGAUUACAGCAGCUGAUGAUUAUCUGAAAAUGAUUCAACCUUCACCAUCGGCAAUUCCGGUUUAUGAAACAAAUACAUACUACAGUACAGUCGAGUUCUCGAAGACAAUUAAUGAUGAAGAGAUUACGAAAGUUAUUAAUACACGAGAUGUCAUUACACAAGUUAUUGUUACUGAGUCACUUCCACAUGGUCGAAUGCCAAUGAGUAUGAGUCAUGAACUCAUAGAUUCACAAGAGAGCGGAGAGCUUUCACCAUCAGCAGAUGAUGAAUAUAAUGACACUGAAGUUCAUAAUUAUAUUAAGAAAACAAAUGUGAUUGAUGUCAACCCAACGAGAAUUGUAGACAAACCUAAUGUUGCUGGAAAUACAAUGCCGUUGCAACUUUAUGCAACAAAAACAUAUUUGACAACUUUCACCUAUUUUACAACACUAUUGCAAAAUGGAGUUGGCUCAGGCGGUGAAAUUUCGUCAACUGUUGUAAAUUCUCACACUCGUGUCAUUGAAAAUGUUGUCACUGAAUCAAUACCACCAUCGUUAGUUCCAAAUGAAAUUCUUGAUAGAAUCAGUAAGACAAUCAUUGACGAUGCAAAAAGUGACUUGAAAACACGUAUUACAUUGAAAAAUGGUCAUAAAAUUGAAAUUACAGCUGCUAAUAUUCUCAAACCGGUUGAUUAUGCAACGGCACAAACAGAAAUUUCUUCAAUCGAAACGAAUGACUUGGAUGUGGCUGCGAACGACUUAUCGCCAUCGCUUGCACUUUUACAAGCUGAUGAAAGUGAAAAUGCAUAUAUUGACAUUGAUUCUAGUGAAGAAAAUGUUGUAAUACCACAGCAGCAGCAGCAUGAACAUUAUCAAGAGCCCAUUCGAAUUCCAACAUUAAGUCCAAAACCAAAACCAGCUUCCGGCUCGUUAAAAAUUCCAUCGUUAUUGAAUAGCAUUAAUAUACCAAGCUUUUCAGCACUCGGACCGGUUAUUAAUGCAAUGGCUGGAAUUUUAACGAGCAACUUUGGAGCGCAAGCCAUUCAGAAAAAUCAACAUGCUGUUCCACAAGCACAGCCGUUAAAAUCCAGACCUGAAUAUGAGGCACUUCCUCAACCAUUACCGUUAUUAAGUCCUGAAAGUCAAGAUGUAAUUUUAAGUCAAUCUGAGUCAAAGAAUAAAAUUCCAUUGUACAUUCCAAUUCGUGAACCAAAUAAUCUAAGUCAUCAUGCAUCCAUGAUGGGCUCUGGAAUUCCGAUUUCCCCAGGUGAAGUUAUUACUGCUAAUUCUGAUGUGAUUGUUGGUAGACCAGCAGUUAUUGGACCUAAACUGCCAUCACAAAUUAAUGCACCAGAAGAAAUUUCAGGAAUGGAAGCACCACCACCAUUUUUGCCACUUAAAACUCCACAAAGACCAAAUUCAUUUGUAAAAGACAUUAAAACCAAUGGAAAUAUUAAUCACGUGUUAGUGAAAAAAGGAGAUGAUUACAUUGGACCACCACCACCAAAAGAGAUUCAUUCGCCUCUCCAAAAUAAACCAAUUCCAUUAAAUAACUACCCAAGACAACCAAUGCCACAGAAUUUACAAAAAAUUCAACCAAUUAUUCCACCAAUGAUGCGACCACACUCGAGUCAUUCGAGUAGUGAGGAAAUGCAACAUCAUCAAAGACCGGGAAAUAUUCUCAUUCCAAAGCCAACUCCGACACAGGAGACGCAAAUUAAUAAUCACUAUAUAAAAAUUAAUCAUCAGCAACAGCCACAACCGCAUAAACCUCAAAUUUUACCAAUUCGUAAUCAAGAGCAGCAUAUAAAAGUUCCACAGAAUCAGCCAAUCAGACAGAAUCAUCAACAACAUCAUUUUAAUCAUCAUAAGUCCCAUCCCAGACCGAUUCCGGUAAUUGAGCCUGCUCAUAAUGUUAUGCCACAGAAUGUUAUUGAAAUUCAGAAAAUUCCGGAAGUUUAUAGUACAGACUUGCCAAUAAUUACACUUAACAAUCAUCACCGUCAUCAUUUCCCGUCUAGUUCACAUGAUUUUAUUGCACAUGAACUUCCGGAAAUUCUUGAUAGACCAACAAAUGGUCAACCUUUAUUAGUAAAUAUUCAACCAUCGCAAGUCGCUAAUGUGGUAAUUCCUCAUGAUAGCAGUUCAGUACUUGUUUAUGGUGGUGUCCAUGAGGCUCAUAAAGCUGGCCAGUACUUUAAUGAUCCACCACCACAUGCAAAUGCUGAAGUUGGAAUUAAGAGUGUUAAUUUAUAUGCUGAUGUUGCCAGUAUUAAUGGAAAUAAUAGGAAUCAACAACAACAAGCUUCACAUAUGCAUUAUGAUGUUAAGGACAAUAUUAUUGUGGCAUCAGAUAACAUUGUAGCAUCGCCGUCAAAUGUCAAUCUUCUAGUCAGUCCAUUAAUAUCUCAAACUGCUUCAUACAAUAGACCAAAUGAGUACAAUCAAAAUUCAGUUCAUUUCUCACCAAGUAAUGUCAUUAACUUCCACCCAGGCUCAAGUAUAGCUGUUGGUCCAAAUAAUCCAUCAAAACAGCAAAUUUUACUUCAACAAAUUGAGCAGCAAAAUGCUAUCGACCAGCAGUUGAAACAGAAAUAUAUUGAAAAUCAAAAAAGAAUUGAGGAACAGAGACGACAGGAAUUGAUUCGAAGACAAAAAAUUGAGGAACAGAAACGAAGAGAAUUUGAGGAACAGAAGAGAAGAGAGUAUGAGGAGCAAAGGAGAAGGGAAUAUGAAGAUCAACAGAGACAGAAACAACACGAAAUGAUUAAGAAGCAAGAAGCUGAAAGGCAAAAAAUUGAGCAGCAGCAACGGCAGCAAGAAGUUGAGAAUCAAAAAAGGCUGCAAUAUGAACAUGAAAUGAAAUUAAGGCAAGAGUAUGAUCAGCAUAAGAAGCAACAAGAAAUUAGGAAUAAAAAUAAAAAUCAAAUAGUUUUACCUCAUCGAUCACCAAUUCGUCCACAAAAUCCUGUCGCACAAAAUAAUGGGCAUCCAGAUAGCUCAGGAUUUAUUGUCCUCAGCAGUAACUACAACUCAAAUCCUCAAAGUAAUCAAAAUUCAUUCAUUCCAAUGCCUCCAAGUUAUAAACCGCAAGGAACUGUUGAAGCUGUUCCAAUCUCAGGUGAAUCUGAAGCACAAGACAGUGAAGGGCCUGAAGGACAAGAAUCAAUCAAACAUCCAAAACUUCCAAGUGGUGAAAAUAUCAAUGAGUUUGAUGAUGAAAUGAUUAAACCUAUUGAUGAGUAUGAUAAAUUUGUAUAUCACAAAAUCACAGCAGCAAGUACCACUACUUCUGAGCCAAUUACUACAACAACACGAAGAACGACUCAAACAUCACCUAUUACAACAAGGAGAAGUUCUACAGUUCCAAUAUCUACAGAACGAAUUAACAUUCCAACAACAAAUAGAAAUGGACCAAUCUAUAUACCCAAACCAUAUCCAAAUCAUCAAUUUGAGAAUCUACCAAUUCUAGUCAAUGACUUGCAGCAUCGACCACCACCGACUGCUCGUCCUACAACAAUCAAAACAUUCCAACGAAUUCCAACGAUUGGACCACAAUAUAAGCCAAAUAUUCAAGGCGGAAAUACAAUUUCACAGUCAAUGAAACCCCCGGCACCACCAAAAAUAUCACGACGUCCAACACAUCCAUUCAAUAUUCAUAGAACAACAUUUAAAAUAUCAAUGCCAAUUGAUCCAAAGCCUGAUGAUGUUAGCGUUGUAAAUAAUUUACAAACGGAAGUUCCAUUUAAUCCAAUUUACACGCAAAAUGCAGUGACUGAAAGUUCAAUGUUAACGGAACGACAAACAUCAAGUACAUUUAGACCGAGAACGACAGAAUUUAGCACUGCUGCGACAGCUGUUAAAUUUUCUAGAAUUCCCAAUACGACAAGUACUAAUGAAGGAAAGAAAGUGGAAACGACAACGUCCGAAAGUGACUUGAAUAUUGGAGAAGUUGAGCCGGUAAAAGUGUUUAACUUUACAGAGGAAAAUGCGGAAGUAUUUGACAGUAAAGAGACAAUAAAUCCUCAUAAUCAUGGAUUUAUAAAUCCACAACAGAUUUUAGACGAUAAAAACAAACAUGAAAAAGAUGAUAUUGACUUGAUGCCACCAUCGAAUAAGAAUGAUAAGCCAUAUCACACGAUUGUAAGAAAUCCAAACCUUACAACUUACAAAACAUCAAAUGUCAAGCUUGAAGUAACAUCAUCAGAAUUAGAAACAAUGAAACCUCCAGCACCUCCUAUAAAUCCCACGACAAAGGCACCGACAUUUGUAGAAAUUGCAAAUAUGAAGCCACCACAAGAUGAAAACCCGAGAUUUAAGCCACAAUAUGUGAAUAUCCAAAGACCAACGAUAAGUUUAAAUAGAUUCACUCCAUCUAGUCCUGAUCCAUUAACCACAACAAUAAAAACAAAGCCUACAAUAUCAACUUAUAAACCUCCAUUAAGGAACAGAUUCCCAACGUUGAGGCCAUUAAAAAUUGAAGUAACAAAUGAGAAGGUUGAAGAAGACAAGAAAGUCGAAGUAACGUCAAAAUACACCGAAUCAGUAAUUAAAGCAACACCGACACUUUCAGCAUCACAAACAGAGAAAAUUCAGAUCAACACAACUCCAUUAUUGACGAAAGUGACAAAAGUAAGCUCAUCAGUACGAAAAGAAAUCCACAUUCCAAAGAGCACAGAAAUCAAAGCGGAUGAAAGACGAAAAAUAGUUCAUAACACAACAAUUUUGACAGAGCAAAUCAUCACAUCGACAAAAUGGAUUCAAUUCACGAAUACAAAGACGAUAACACUUUCAAAGACUAAAACGGAAACGAUUCAUCAUAGCCAUGGAAUUCCUGUGGUGUCGACCAGCGUUCAAACUGUGUAUGAGACAAUUACUGAGACAGAAACACUGCUGAAGCCAACAGUUAUCACUUCAAUACAUCCCACAAUGACUAUAAUUCGGGAAACAAUCAUUCCGACAUAUCCAUCAACGACUGAAGAAAUAAUUGAAGGUUUCGUGAGCAAUGAAGAUUUGGAUGAAUUUAUAAUCAACGAUUAUGACACAAAGAAUGGAUCAAUUGUUCAUGUCAGCUCAAAUGAGGUUCAUUCGAAUAAUAAGAAACAUCCAAUUGAAAAUGAAAGUAUCUUCGUUGUCGUUAAUGAUAAAAAGAAUCAUCAGCAGAAAAUCAACAUCGAUCCAUCGAUUAUUAAGCACACGACACUCUAUAAUCAUUCCACAUUCACAAAUGAAAUUGAAGAUGUGAGUAGAGACGAAGAAGAUAAUAAUGAUGGUGCUGGUCACAUAUUGCUAGGCGGAAUUUUGAUCGCAUCGCCACCUCAGCUGAACAAGAGUCAACAAGGCGCUGCUAUAAGUGGAAAAUGCUAUCCGGAAUGUAAUAAAGUCAAUAAUGAAUAUUGUCAUAGAGUUGAUGGGAUAAUGAGAUGCACGUGUCGACCAGGUUUUGCUCGCAUGUUCCCAGAUCGUCCAUGUAAACCAAUCUACACAUACAUCAUGAAAAUAGGCCUCAAUCGGAUCGGACGAGACAAAUUAGUCUUUGACUCAUCAUUACUGAACAGAACCACUUCCAAUUACACAAAAUUACAAGAAACAGCUUAUAAUGGAGUCGAUAGAAUGUUGAUGCAAUCAGAUCUUCGUGACAUUUAUCACAGCAUUGAAAUUAUUGGAUUUAAUAAGACAAAAGAGAAUGGAAUUACAGGAAAAUUAUUCAUUCAACUGUCUGAAAAUACGAAUGAGAAGAAACUCAGGGAAACAGUUAAGAAAUAUUUGAGAAUGUCAAACUAUAAUCUUGGUGGAACUGAAUUAUAUGCAAAUCCACUCGUUACUGAUCUUGAGACAUACGAUUUCGAUGAAUGUGAUGCCGAAGAUAAAAGUCACGAUUGUUCUGAAUUCUCGCAUUGUUUCAAUUUGUUGGGUACAUAUACGUGUAGCUGCUUGGAAGGCUUUGCCGAUGAGAGUGAGAAUCCAAUUUAUCCAGGAAGAGUUUGUGUGAAAGAAUUAGUUGGAUGUGAGAAAUGUCAUUAUCAUGGAACAUGCUUAACACAGGUCAACGAUCAAAUUAUAUGUGAAUGCUUCCAAUGGUACACGGGAGAACAAUGCCAGUUUAAUUUGAAAUUGCUACUUUUUGGACUUGUAAUAGCUGGAGUAACACUUUUCACGCUUCUGAUGAUUUGCAUAAUUAUCACAUGCGUUAAGAAGAAGCGAGUCAAUCAAAACUCAAUUGCUCCAGCAAUGAAUAUUAUUCAGAGACGAAUAAGUGGAUCUGCACAUCAUAGUGUUGGAUCAAAUGCUGACAGAAAGGCUAUGAUUCAGGACACGAGCAGUGAAGCAAGUGAAGAUCAUGAACCUGCACCAUAUUUCAGAAAGAAAUCCAAUGACGAAACACAAAGGAAAGUCUCAGUGGAAGCUGUUGCACCGAAGAAGAAGAAAUCUGUGAUUCACAAUCCAAUGGGUUCAUUCAGUAAAGCAACGUCAGUCGAUCAACGUGAUCGAUCAUUAACUGUGAUGAUUCCUCGAGCGAAAUAUCAUCCAGGAAGCAAGCCAGGAAAUAUUGCUGAUGUUGAAGGUUAUAAGUCUAAAAGCUCAUCAAGUGCGAGCGUCAAUCAAAAUCAAUCGAAAUUAUUAAAUUAUCUUGAGUCUAGUCCAUCAUCAGCGAAAGCUAAAACAAAUGUGCCAUGUGAAAAAUCAAAUUAUCAGCCACAAAAUCCAGGUGCACUGGUGUCAGCUGGCUUUAAGGUUUCUGCUGCUGGUGGAAGCAGUUCGCCAAUAAAUACGAGUACGAGCAGUACGAAUCAUAGUAAAAAUAAUCGUAUAAGUAAAACAACGAGUCAUCAGAAUGUCAAUGAAAUCGGCAGUAAAUAUUAUGCUGUACAUAAAAUAAGUACAGUGUCUGAACAGCCAAUCAUGUCAUCGUCAAGAAUCGAGGAAAAGUCACAGCUAAGUGUUGUGAGGAAGAGUUAUAGUCAUGGAAAUUUAAUGGAAAAUAUGGACGACUGGCUAGACAACGGAAACAUUACAGAAGCAAUGUCUGAGGCUCGGUCAUAUGAUGAGACGACUAUUCAGGCACCAACCAAAGCAAUUAGAAAUCUUUACUACAAACAGUUGUCACAUAAUGAUGGCAAUAACACAGAAGAUAUGAACACAAUGGCAGAGCGAGACAUGGCGUCGACAGUAUUACUACCUCACACGCAUCUCUAUAAGCCAACAACAGAUCGAGGAAGUGACAUAUCAGGAUUUGAUUCUCUUUAGGAUGAAUCAGAAGCCCAAAACUAUACAAAAUUCGAGUCAUUUUUCACAGGACAUACUAGAAAGUCAACUGAAUUUGUCUAAUUUUAAUUAGUAAUUCCUUUCUAACGCAUUUUCAAUGUAAUUUUAUUAACAUAAAAUGUUAAAUUGUAAAUAUUUCGGUAAAAUAAGCUUUUUCUAGUUGCUAUAAUCGACUUGAGUCAUUAUGGAAAUUCCAGAAUUUUCAUCUGUGAACGAGAUGACUCAUGAGAAUCUACUGACUUGUAAAUAAUAUUUUAUUUAUUUCAUUUAAUUUUAACAAAAAAACGUAUGGAAAUUAUUCCUUAUUUUUAUGAGAGUUAAAUCAAUUUUAGUAAAAUUGUAGAGAAAAUUUUGAAAAAGGUUUUGUGAAAAUAUUAAAUUCAUGAAUUUUUUAAAAAUCAGAAAAUUUUCGAGAAAUUCAAAAUUUUAUUUUAAAAAGUUGAAAAUUUCAAAAAAGCAAAUAAUUAAAAUUAAAAUCAUACUUUUUUGAAAAGAAUAAAUAUUUACCGAAAUAAAAUCAUCAAAAUUUUCUCUGCGAUCAGAUCUGGCUCUUAUUAAACUACUCUGCAUAUGCCUUUAAAAAUUUAUAAUCUCUGAUUAGCUAAUAAAGUAAAAAGAAGUAUGAUAUCGUAUCUAGUUAUGUACAUUUGUAAGUUUCUUAAUAAAUAGUUUUAAGAGAAAUGCCAACAGUUUGAAAUUAAAAAGAUGAAAAUUGAGAAGGAAUAGUUUUUUUAUAUAGGAACAAAAUAACAUUUUUAUGUUGAUGAAAAAAUUAGAUUUUAAGAUUGAAAUGAACAAGAUGUAAGUACAUAAAUAUUGUUAUGUAAUAUUUUUAAGGAAAUUUAUGUUUUUUAACAAAUAAAGAGG